GGCAUCAACAACUUUCUCUUCAUCAUUAUCAUUAUCAUCAUCCUCACCACCUACAAUGUUACCCUGCAUCCGGACUACCGCAAACCCGGACUAACGGCAAUCCAUCAUAAUGCUGCGCAAGAAAGAAGUCUACACUAACACCAUUUCCCUCCCCUCCAAUAUCCCCCGUCAACUAGCCAUCGACAUCCUCCACAACCACGGCGAGAUCAUCUCUCUCAACCCUCUUGUCAUAUCCCACCACCCCAUCAAAGCACCACGCAAUGCCCCAGCAGACGAGUACUACUCAACAUGGUAUGAGAUUACUGAGCGAGUGCGCUACGUCCCCGGCACAAUCAGCUUCAAAGGUUGCUUCCACGAUGAGCCCUGGGGGCUGGUAACCCACACCUACGCACCCAUGGGCGUUGAUCUGCGCAACACGUAUCGCAUUGUGGAGGACCCGAUAAAUGACCCGUCGCUUGCAUUCACAGCUACAGAGCCUGCGGGGAGUAAGAAUGGAGGAUUGUGUCUGCGCGAAGAGGUCGAGAUCGAAUGCAACCUUACACUGAUCUCAUUCGUGAAGAGCCAGCUGCGCGCCGCAUCCAAGAUAUUGGUGGAUCGCCUGAUCAAGAAGGCCGAACUCCUCGAUGCAGGUGUCUUGCAGGGUAUUAUGGAAGACGGAGUGCUUAGGACUUAUAACCCAGCGGAUCGAUCAAGUACCUCUGCCACCAUGCCGCCGGAUGAACGGUCCCGACGAUCGUCCUAUCAGGUGCCCAUGUCACCGAGUGAGUAUUCACGGUCGGGGUCAAUGAACUCACAAACACCUCAUGCUUUUGUGCGACAAUAUCGGCAGGAUCACAAACCAGAAUUUACUGCUGAACUACCAGCGGAUACGUACUAUCCGAUGUCGGGACCGGGGAAAUAUAAAGUACCGCCAGAUGGAGCAUACCCGGCUGAACUGUCAGCAAUGGAUGAGAGGCCUGGAGGGUAGUACCUCUGUUAAUCUCCCGGAUAUGUCUUUCUCAGUUAAUUAUUUCGACAACUUGGAGUCAUUCUGGAUCAACGCUUCAGCCCAUGCUAGCUACAAUGAUGCCCAGUAUACCUCGAGCGAAUUUUCCAGCAUACGCGUCAGCAAAACUUCUGUCCCACUGCGUCCUACCUGCAAUUCUCCAGAAACAACUACUUGCGGCCCGGGAAUAUGCCCGACCCCUCAUGGAUAAAUUCGACAGAGACCAUAUCUACCGAUAAUGCAUAGCUCCCCUCGUGGUCCAACUUCCCACAAAGUCAUAUUCCUCGCACCGAUCACAGCUAUUAUUUCAAGCAGUGGACACCAAGGAGCCGAAGAAUAAGGAGGAGCCAGAAACCUACCUCGUGCGGGGACUGUUGAUCACGUUCCAAAUAGCAGUAUAUUUUCGUGAUAACAUGCUUUGGUAUAAUCUUUGACAUGGAGACAUAAGUUUAUCGGCCAUAAUUACAGCGACGGGUGACCACGAUCAAUUUAUGGGUAGGAGAAGCUAGUACCAAGAUAUGCAAUUAUGCACAUGCAAUCUUUAAUAUAUAC